AUGUCAAAAUUCGGUGGCUCUAAUUCGAAAAUUCGACAGAAUUGUUUAAAUCUAUUACCAAAAUCAAAUCAGAGUCCCUAUCGUACUAUGUCUCAUCUGCAAAAAAUGCGCUUCACGUUGAGGAAAAAGUAUGAAAUAACCGCAAAAACCAGAUUGUCACCAAUUUUAAAAGAUCUAAAAUUGUCAAACAAUAUUUUGCCGCCACAGAGACGUUUAUCAGCAAUAUAUCUGCUACAGAUUAUUCUUGAUGAAUUAUUUUCGAUGAAUACUGAAGAACGGAGUGUUUAUAAGCGCAUGAUAUUAGAAGGAUUUGAUAAAAAAGACGGCGAAAGGACAAAUACAAUCGCUUCACAUGCAGUCAAGUAUACAUUAGAUUUCCUUCAAAAAUACCUCGUUACUCCGAAUGAUGAAGAUUUGGUACUCGGAUUUUCUCUUGUUUGUGCAAUCUGCCGUCUGGCUGAUCAUCGAUGGUUUCGUCAUGCAUUAUUUAAUCAUACACCAGAAAUUUUUACUUUAACGCUCUUUUUAAUUAGUCAAAAGCAGUAUGUAUUAGUCAUUGCUGGGAUUCGAUUAUUUACUUGCAUACUGAACGCUGAUCAAAUGCAAAUGAAAUAUUCUAUUAUGUUUACAACAUAUGACCGUUUUGCGACAAGAAAAUUGUUAGACGCAUUUAAAUGGUUAUUCUCGCCAUUUCGAUUAUUAGAAAAGCAACGUCAACCAGAUACCACAUCCUCACCAGAAAAUACAGUUUCUGCUUCUAAAAAUGCUGGAACAUGUCUGACAUUAGCAACUACUACAUCACCGACAACCAUAACGAAUCCUCUUCUGUCGACAGUUUCAGCGCUUGAUAACUUUCGAACACCAACUGAAAUUGAAAAAUUGUGUAUGGAACAUUGUGAUAUAUUAACUAUUAGAAGAGAUCUUCGUUGUUUAUUCUAUUUAUUACGAGGUUCCGUGGAAAAUUGUUCGCAUGUUACUAUCGAUGAUGUUGAAUCUUUAUUGUCGGUUAUCUCAAUUAUUUAUGAUAUGCUGUACGAAUCUGAAUCUGAAUCUGAAUCUGAAUCUGAAUCAGACGAUAAAAAUCAAAUUGACACUGCCAUUACUGCUAAUGAGAAUAUUGUACAAGAACUAGACACUGAGUUAUCAGCAAAUUUUUCAAAAGAUUUGAUAUCCUCCUUUUACAAUGUAUACAAGAAGGCAAAUAGUUUGGUGCGGACAAGCAGAAUUACGCAUAAAGAAAAAGAAGAGAAACAACGCGUGCAGUUUUUGUCAAAAUACAAUGAUGAAUGGCAAAAAUUAAACGGUAUGCAGCUACAUCACGAUCACGAGAGCUUAAAGCUAAAAUAUGAUGAGUUAAACGAACAAAUGAUACAAAUGAAUGCUCAACUUGAGCGUACUCAAACAGAACGGGAUCAGUUGAGAAAUCAAAAUCUCAAUUUAGCCAGAGAAACUGGUCAAAUGCAAAACGCAUUCGUUCAGUUAUCGAAUAAUAAUCAGUACCAACUAUCAUCUAGUACAAAAGCAAAUAACGAUAGUAGUAAAGAUAAAACGAUAAUGGACCACAAUGAAACUUCAAAUAAUCAAAUUUUAGAUUUGAAUUCUCGUACUAUAACUGCUAUUCAAGCAAAAACGUUUAUUAUUGGAAUUAAUCGUAGACGAACUGCAUUUAUUGAUGAUGAUCUUAGAAAAUCCCUCUGCGGCUCGUUGAAACAUUUGGGCUCUGAUCUCUAUAGUUCGUCAGCGCAUUUCUUGCACGAAUUAAUUCAGAAUGCUGAAGAUAAUGACUAUAGUCAUUCCGUUAUUCCAAAACUACGAGUUGAGUUAGAUAAUGAAUAUAUCCUGUUAUCAAACAAUGAACAGGGUCUGCGACCAAAGGAUGUAUUGGCUAUAUCGAGUCUUGCCGUUAGUACUAAACAAAUUGGAAAACAUAUAGGCCAUAAGGGUUUAGGAUUUAAAUCUGUUUACUCUGUUACGAAUAAACCAACAAUAAUUUCUGGACCUUGGCAGUUUUAUUUUCAAGUAUCUGGUAUUGAUGAAAUGUCAUAUAUAACUCCAUAUUGGUUGGAAUCGCCACUGUCAGAGAGAAUUUUGCCAAUCAUUUCAUCGAAUUCAUCAGAUACCCAUAUAUAUUUGCCGGUGAAAUUCCAGCAACAUUCAUCAACAUUAAACAAGUUUCUGAUUGAUGUCUCCCGAGCCAUCGAUCCUUGCAUUUUAUUACAUUUAAAUAAAUUAAAGCAUUUGGAAAUUAUAGAUAACAGACAAAAUCAGUCAACAGCUAUAGAAAAAAGGAUACAGAAUACUGAUGAAAAGCUGCUUCAAGUAAACGAAGUUGUGUUUGAGAACUUUAAGUUUUACAAUUUAAAUUGUUCGAUUGUUGAAUUAUAUACAACAAACAUAAAAAAAUACUGGAAAUUCCGUGUGUACACAUGUGUAAUUGAAAUACCGUCAUCAAUAAUUCUGGAAAUCUACGCAGGACUUCCUGUAUGUGAUCUUGGUCUUCAGUUUAUCAUUAAUGCUGAUUUUCAUCUGGUAACAAAUCGUGAAAGUGUUCGAGAAAAUGCUGAAUGCAAUUCUUAUUUACGUGACCAUCUGUCUGCGCUCUUUGUAUACGUGUUAAUAAAUGAUUCAUAUCUACGAAAGAAUAUUAGUUACUAUUGUCCAUCGUUAACUCAAACAAGACGCUUGUCAAUUUGGUGGCUUGUUAUGGUUGACGAUAUAAAUAAGUACAUCAAGAAUAAUUUAUCAGUUUUAUUAGAAAUUCAUGAUGGCAAAACUAUUCGUAUGAUCAAUUCAGAUUUAUCAUUGUUGGUUAGUAAUGAUCAACUGUUUAAUUGUGCUAACAUUCAAGUUGUUGACAAUUCAGUAUCGCCAGUUUUCUCUGCAGAACGCUUAAAACAGUACGGUCUACAAACCGUAUCAGUGAUGGAUGUAAUAAGUUGUUUUCCUGAUAAUAAAGAUGAGUCAAAUGUGUUUCGAAGUGACUUCACAAAGUGGUCGCGGCAGCAAAAUAAAACAUGGUGGUUGUUACUAUUUCAACAAAUACAGAUCGCAACCGAAUCAGAUAAAACGAUUACUGGACGUCUCAUUGAAUUAAUGUGCAAAAAGCCAUUAUUUUUGACUCUGAACUGUCGUCAGUAUUUUCCAACAAAUACAUUAUUGUUCAUUACUGAUGAUGACGAUCUCCGAAAUAUGUGGAAACCGGAAUUAUUAGCCAUAGAAUAUGAAUCAAAAUUUGAACGUCAAGUUCUAUUAGAUUUAAAUCUAGUUCAAUUAUUAACGAUUGAACGAAUGAUUGAAAUAAUAAUUCACGAUCAUUUGCAAAUAGCCAAUAAGAAAGCAAAAAACCUUGCAAAUAUUAGAUCGUCGAUUUGGAUGGAUUUGGUUUAUUUAAGGAAAAAUAUUGAAAAUUUAAAAUAUCAAUUAAAAAAUGAAUCGUUUAUACCUGUUCUGAUUCCUACACAAUCUCACACUUUGUAUUCAGCUCAGAACUUAACAAUACCAACUGUAUUAGCUCGUGACGUACGAAAAUAUAUUCGAUCACAAAACCAAACAGUGAUUGAUUAUCCGUAUCCAUCAAGUGAUAACGAAGAUGUAUUAGAAUGGGAAUUAUUUUUCUUAGCGAUUGGCUGUAAGCCAUCAGUAUUAGUCAUAUCUAAGAAACAUGAAUUUGACAGUCCUCUAAUUUUACCAUCGUUCACUACUUAUUCAACUUUAUCAGCUAAAUUAGCUGAAAAUAUUUUACGUUAUCAAUCAGAAGACAUGCUGAUGACAAUACAACACUUUCCAAUAUUAUGUUCAAAUAAUGUAAUAUGUCCAAUUUCAACAACGUACGAUCAAACAUUGAUUAAUGAUAUGCAGCUACUACCAAAUCUUGAAAUUCCUACACAUACACGAGACUUAGCGGCUUUAUUGGGCGUUUGUACUGAAAUUAAUUUGAGAUCGUGUUUAAACGUUUUACAGAUAUUAAGUAAUAGUCAAAAUAAAGAUGUUGACUUGUAUAUUGAAUGGAUAGUUCGUUUACAAUUGUACAUUCGACAACAACAAAAACAAUUUUACAUCGAAGAUAUGUUAUCCGCGUGUAAAUUAUAUAUGCCUGAUUCGGAUAAAUUUUAUUCAUUAAAUCAAUUAUUCAUUAUGGAUGUCAAAUAUAGUGAAGAAAUACAACUAAUUACAAAAUAUUUAAAUUAUGAAUCUAUUUCACCCGUUCGUAACAAUAGAUAUUGGCCGCUCAAAACAUUAUUCAUGGAUCUUGGUUGUAGUUGUCAACCAACCAUAGUACAACUGAUUGCUGUUUUGCAAUUGAUUAAUGAUGAUACAAGUCGUUUUUAUCAGAUUAGCGAUUGUAAAAUGAUUUUGACCGAUAUAGGAAAGGAAAAUAUCUGUAUUUUAUUACAAUAUUUGGAAAUAUUAUUAUUGUCAGAUAUGGAAAGAUACCAUCCAGAACUAUUUGAUCUAGUUAACCGACGAGAUACGAAUACGAAACCGCCAUAUGGUAGUAGAGAAGACUGGAAUUGGAGAUUUAGUUUAAUACCAUCACAUUCCAAACUUCGAGCAUUGCUACCCACUGAAAAUGAGAUAUACAAAGUAAAAGGUUGUAAAUUUAGUACCACUCAGUUUGAUGAAACAUGCUUCAUUCCAAUGUUAACCAGUGAUCAACAGCUAGUUUCUACUUCAAAAAAUAUCGUUUAUGCAUGUGCAGAACUGAAGCUGAUUCAAUAUUUUGUAAAAGAUAACAGAAUUCGUCGUUUCAUAGCUCCGGUCAUCGUGAAAAAAUGUCCAGUACUACUUGCAUCAUUAAACAUUGAUUAUAUUGAAAGACGUGGCUUAGUUGCAUGGGACCAUAGAGUAAAUAAUCUCGAAUUUACAUUGAAACAAUUAUCAACAAUAUUUCAGCAAGCACUGAAUGACAACCGAUUACAAGUGAUCGGGGUGAAUUAUACGUCCACUUGUCUUUAUUUAUCAGAUAAUACACUAUUGACUGUUGAGAAUGUUAGUAAUGUUUCUGACACCGAUAAAUAUAUUCUUGAAUCUGAUAAUCCAUUUUGGAUAUUUGAUGAAACUGUGGUUCUAUGUAUUGGACAUAUCAAAGAUAAUCAAGCAAAAGCAAUGAUCGCUGUUUCAGCACUAAUAGCUCUACUUCACAAACGAAAAUAUAUAUCAUUAGGUGAAGCAAAAAGAAUAGCACGAGAGAAAAUACAAACAUGUACUGCAUUUGAUUCCAGGGAUAUAUCAUCAAAAGCAGGUGCAAAAACGGAUUUUUUUUCACUCGCGGAUAUUGUAUUUCCUAUUGAUCAUGAGUUAUUCAUUCAGAACCCUAUUUCACUUAGAAAAUAUUUUAUUACAGAAAAAGAUACUCAAAUUCUAACUGAUGGAACGCAAGCUAAGUUCACAAAGCAAAGUUCGACAAUUGCAAUUGUCGACAAUGAUCAUUCAAACAUCGAUUAUGUUGUUGAUGCUCAAUUGUAUGAAGCACGUGCACGAGAAUUAUUCACACGGCUAGAAGAGAAACAUCAACAGCCAGAACACCGUUUAAAAACAUUGUCUAGUGGGCUAUUGGAUAGAACAAACGAAGAACCAUCGAUGAUGUCAACAAUUGUUAAUUCAGCAGUAAAAGAACAAAUCGGACAAUGUGUUGAACACUUUUUUUAUCAUUGUUUAAAAGAGAUAUAUGGUGCUGAUAUAACACCAACAAAUAAUUGGAAAUCAUCAGCACGUUUAUUACUGUUUCCCAAUUUACGUCAAAAUAUUGAUGAUUCAGCUGGUUACGAUUUCAUUAUUGAAGACACUCGCCAGAUGUUUGUACAGGGUGUUCAAGAUCGUAUUAUAAAAUGUUUCAUCGAAGUUAAAGGUAUUAAGGAAAAAUAUGAUAAAACAAACACUACCUUUCAUAUAUCGGAUAAUGAAUUACAAAUGUGUACCAAUAUUGCUGCUAAUGAGAAACGAAAAGAAAGUGAAGCUUAUCUGAUUGUCAUUAUUGAAAACGUGUUGAAUGCGUCAGCAAUUAAUAUUGGAACUGUUGUUGCCUGGUAA